AUGCGCGGCCAGCAGCUGGCCCAGGAUACCCUGGCGCGCGCCCGCAACCAGCCGACCGCCCAGGAGAUCCUGUCGUCGACAUCCGAGGACCUGGUGGACAAGGAGAACUGGUCGCAGUACGAGGAGCCCUUCCACUUCCACAUCUACGGCCACAAGCACAACACACACAUCACCGUCACCAAGCCGGACCGCAACGCCAUCAUUUCUAUCUCCGCCGGCCAGAUCGGCUUCCGCAAGUCCAAGAGGGGCACCUACGACGCCGCCUACCAGCUGUGCGCCUAUGUCAUCGACAAGCUCAACCAGGGCAACUGGCACAAGAAGAUCCACAAGCUCGAGGUCGUCCUGCGCGGCUUCGGCAACGCCAGAGAGGCCGCCACCAAGGUUUUGCUCGGCACCGAGGGAAAGUUCUUGAAGCCCAAGAUCAUACUCGUCAGUGACGCGACGAGACUCAAGUUUGGUGGCACGAGGAGUCCUAAGCCCAGACGUCUGGGUUAG